AUGAAUGAAAUUGCAUUGAUUGAAUCACCACAAUCAACAUAUAUAACACGAUCACGAAAUGCGACAUUAACGUGUCGAGCGCUUAAUGCUAAACGUAUACGUUUUAAAUGUAAUGGACAUUGGCUGGACGAUUCACGCCAUAAUGUAUCACAUGGAAUAGAUGCUGCAACCCAUUUGCCCUUUCAUAAAGCAACCGUUGAAAUUGAUCGUCAAGAAAUAAAUAUUCAUCCCGGUGAUUUCACGUGCCAAUGUUAUGCAUCCACUGAUUCUGACGUACAAGUGGUUCGUUCCGAAUCAGCACGUGUUCGUAUCGCAUGUAAGUGA